AAAGCUGCUCGACAGUCGGCUGCUUCUGUCUGGGUUUAAACUGCAGCUACAACUCGUGGUUUCCGGUAAAGGUCGACUCUCCGGUCCUCGUGUCGUUCAGUUUAAAGUCUGUAACCGUGAAAUGAUGAACAGCGACUCCGUGAAACUGUCAAAAAACCUGCUGCGCAUGAAGUUCAUGCAGCGAGGUCUGGACGCUGAGACGAAGAAGCAGCUGGAAGAAGAUGAGAAGAGAAUCAUCAGUGAUGAACAUUGGUACCUGGACCUGCCUGAGUUAAAGACUAAAGAAAACCUGAUCAUCGAGGAGAAGAGCUUUGUUCCCUGCGAGGAGCUGAAGUACGGUCGCAUCUCCUUCAAAGGUUUUAAUCCAGAAGUUGAGAAACUGAUGCUCCUGAUGAAUCCAAAAGAUGAGACAGAGAAAGAAGAAGAAGAUCUGAGGCGGAUGCAAACAGACGUGACAGAUGAAGAGAUGGCUCUGAGGUACGAGAAUUUAGUCGGCAGCAUGAAGAAGAAGUUUGCCAAGAAGCGAGAGCGAGCGGCAACAGAGAAAGAAGAUGUGAACCAGAACGUUGUUGAAAUGAACACGAAGAGAGCGUUUCUAAAGCCUCAGGACUGAAGAGAGUGUGUGUGUGUGGCCAGUGUGCGGCUCACAGACCUUUGUGUCAAACUGGACAUCUCCUCUGACCUGAGGAGGAAGAUCUGGACGUGUUUCGAGUUCUCGAUGGUUCACCGCAACGAGCUGAUGAAGGACCGCCACCUCGACCAGCUGCUCGUGUGUGUGUGUGUGUGUGUGUGUGUGUGUGUGUGUGUGUGUGUGUGUGUGUGUGUGUGUGUGUGUGUG